CAUUUAGGAUUUCGGAACGCACCCGUAUUAAUAUUAAUUUGUCAAAGUGCUUCGCGUGAUAAUUUUAUAACAAAAGAAAAGGGUAUUUCUUUUAAACAAUGAAGGUACUACAACUAAGUUUCUUUUAAACGUUAAAAUAGUGUGAUUGUUAUUGCGGAUGCACCAACCCAACGCUAUAAACUGCUGAGGCAGCAAGACACUGCCAAUGUUAUCAAACAAAUCUUCUAGACCAGAAUAGAAGUUUUGAAGUCCUCUAGUGAUUUCGCAAUGUUUUUCCGCUGAUGCACUAAAAUUAAGUUGCGGGCGUGUUGCUUUUAGUGUUCAUCCGUUGCAAACUGAUCAAACAUGGAUUUACUCGAUCUGCCCGUUGUAAUGAUUGAGAAUAUUCUGUCAUAUUUAACAUAUGACGAAAUCGCGAAGAAUAGAGUGGUAUGUAAGGCGUUCAAUGAGCUGUCAAUGCGGAUGCUCAACCGUGGGUUCCUAAUGAUAGAGAGACGUCAUGCCCUCACACUCAAGACUGUUAAAGCUCAGCUGCCGAGGCGGGAAUCGGAACGCAGAUACCACCCUUUGGCCCGUCACUGUGACAUCCUCACGUCGAUCGAGACGCGUAUAUCGAUGCUCAACAUGACAUACUCCAAAUUUAUCGACAGUGGCGUAUGCUGUUUUAUACCCGGAAAGGUGAUAGAUGAAAUCCGUCGCGUCCUAUACAUAGCCGAGAGCUCCAAAUCUCCCCCAAGAGCCCACGAGGUCCUACAGGAGCUACGGGACAUCUCCAGCAUGGCCAUAGAACAUUUUGACGACAAGAUAUCACCGGCUUUAAGGGCGAGGUUACAACAGCAAGCCGCGCCUAUGGCGCCGAGACCACAUGUAUUCUCCCCGCUCGCGAUACGUCAGGAGGUGUCUUCACUUCGCCGUCGCUCCAUACUGAACGCCAAACUGUCUCUGUAUCUCGCUACACAGUACAAGAAGUACCAUAACAAACAGAUGAUUGAGUACCAGAAGAUCGCGUGGAGGCAACGUAUCGUCAUACGGCGUAUGUUGGCGCGUCAGAGAAGGCAGGAGGCUAAUAUUGCUGAACUGAAGCGUCGUAUAGACGAGUGCGAUAUUCGCUACAGCGAGCUCACACACACAAAACCGGCCGUCGGACCGAGUAUUUCAGGAGCAGAGUCUCCGCCGCCGGCCGCACCGCUGCGUCACUUCGGCAGCCAGAUCAAGCUGGACCUCUCCGUGCUGCCCAUCGGCACCAACCGCCGAGGGCGGAACUUGUUGCCCAACAUGAGACCGAGGAAGCCAGUUAUCCGCAUGCCCAGUCUGUCUGAAGACGACCCCCCCACGGCCCCGGAUGCGCCAUCUACUUCUCACGACGCGCCGAGACUCAGCCCCAAGACCAAGGUCCAAUCAACGUUAGCCAAGAUCCGUGGCAUUACCAACGAGAUCCGUCAUCUGACCAACUUGUCACGCAACAUUGAGGGCACUAUGAAGAGACCGUAUUGCACCGCUGAAGAAUUAGAAGAGGUCAAAAAGAUGAAACUAGAGUAACCGACCAAUAAUUGUAAGUCUUGAGUUUUGAUGACCCUAGAAACUUAGAGGAUAUAACCAAACGGAGACGCCUUGUCUUGUUGUUGCCUUGUUGUUGUGUGUUGUUGUUGUUGUGUGUUGUUGUUGUUGUUGUUGUGAAUUUUCUGUACAAAAAAGUCUGCCGAUUUUUGCGGGGGAGGGGAACUUCAAAUGUAUACGUAACCACAGAAUAAAUAAUAGUACUACCGUACAGAAAGGAAACUUCCUACAAAACCGAAGUUUGACAGCGGUUCAGGGUCUAACCAUGAUGUCCCUUUCUAAUAUAUUGCACUAUCCCUUUCGGCUAUUUAGGGUUGUCAAAGUUCAGGAUCUUGUCUGUGGUCGUGCACGCAAAUGGACGUCAAGUUGUGCCAACCCUAAUAAUUGCUUGGAUCAAUGCUGAGCCGAACGGAGCCGAGUUUGCCCGAAGCGGGAAGUUUUGCACCCUGACGUAACGUAAAAAUAGCCAUGUCAGAUAAACGUCAGUCCAUACAUUGUGUAUGACCAUUGGCAGACUAUUUUCGACAGAGGGGAACGCCUGUUAAUGGCUACUCCGUUUGGUUAUAUCCUCUAAGCCUAGAAAGUUUCAUUUUAUUGUCUAUUGUCAAUCGUCUGGCUAACGAUUUUUAGGAAAAAAGCGGUACAUUUUGAAAAUGUAAUCGGGAAGUUGAUAUCCCAUACAAACUUACGAUUAAGCGGCUCUUUAAGUGACUAAAUGUAAGCAAUUUUUUAUAUGACAGCAUUUGUAGUCAAUAUAAUUUUAACCAAGACAGAUCGGUGAAAAUACAUUUUUAACGUUUAAAAAGCUCUACCAUAGUAAUAAAAUCAUUUUACUGUGAGCUGUGAGUAAAGCGCUAUGGUGUCCGUUGCUCAAGCACGCUAUUUCACGAAAACUGAAUAGGGAAUAUUACGCGAAACUACGUAGGGGAUCUGAGGGUCUAUGGCGAACAGUUUUUUGACUAGUUUUCAGAGAUAAAAAAUAUGACAUUGAUGCAUCAAGGCGGUUUGUUUACAGAGGACCUAACGGGAAACGCGAAUCCGAAAUUUCGCUAUCUGCCUCUUUAUCGCUCGAAUAUGCAAGUGACAAAGAUGUUAGAUAACAAAGUUUCGAUUUUCGUUUUUUUUUUUAUACCACGACGGUGGCAAACAAGCAUACGGCCCGCCUGAUGGUAAGCAGUCACCGUAGCCUAUGGAUGCCUGCAACACCAGAGGUGAGAGGUGAGGUGAGGCAUCAGAGGUGUUGUUUCGCGAUAGACCCUCAGAUUGUGGUAGUGGUGCCCCCUGCACAGAGUUUUGCGUAAUAUUCCGUAUUGUCUUAGAUUUUACGCAUCUUAAUCAAUGUGAACUAGAGUAACGAAGCAAUAAUUGUAAGUCUGUUUAUACCCUUAUAAAAAAAGAAAGAGACAAACAAUGUCAACCUAGCUUUCGAACAUUGACUAGAUAGUAAUAGUACAUUGUGCAACGUGGGGGGUAAGUGAAAUAUUGUACGAGAGUCUAUAUAUUCACGACAGCUGCAGGCUUGGAGUGAAUUAAAGACUCAUGUAACAGUAUUCUUAACCCCGGAGUUACACACCAUGUUUUCCAUCACACUUGCGAAGAAAAAUCUCAAUUUUAAGCGUCAUUCUUAAAUAUGGUGACAUUUCAAAGAUAUGUCCGCCAUAUUGAAUUUUUUUGGCAGUUUAGGCAUCGAAGGCCCAUCGGCAUUCAGCCACAAUUGAAAAUUGUGUAAAAAUAUUUGAAACGGCUAUUAAAUUAAUCAAAUUAAAUAUUUUAAAGCUUAAAAAAAAUAUAAACGUCAGUAUUUUCAAAGUAAAACUCAUUUAUACCUACUUGGUUCGUAUGAAUUAGUGACAUAAUAAAAAAAAGCUAUAACUCAAGAGGGAGUUAUAGCUUUUUUUUUCAAAAUCCAUAUCUCCCGCGGGAACAAUAUAGGCCUUUGUCCUUCAGUACACCUGCAUGAAAUAAGAUUUUUUUUCGAGCAAGUGUGAUGAAAUAAUAUCACAAUACCGAUUUUUCUGCUAUUACUCAUGCAUAUAAAUAAGGACGAAGAAUUUAGUACAUUGACCCGCCUGUUCCGGUCUCUAUCGCACGCAGAUAAUUAUAUUGCUGUUCCACUCGCACAGUGUCAUUGACCUUUGGCGUCAUGGGCGAGACAGUAAUAUAAUUACGCGCGUGCGAUAAAAAUAGGAACAGGCGGGUCUAUGUACGACUUUACAAGUGGGGAUGUACCAAUACUCAAUUAGUUCAAUUACCUUAUAAAAAUUGGCUGUGACAGACGGACAGACAGACAGACGCACGAGCGGCACGAGUGAUCUUAUAAGGGUUCCGUUUUUACCUUUUGAGGUACGGAACCCUAAAAACAACAAUUUACUACACUGCCAUGUGUGUAGCCUUUAUAUGUACAGAUUUCGAGAUAAGUGAACCUAAAGGCCUUAUAAUAGAGUUCAAAUUUGCGGAAUAAAUGUUAGUAAAUACCUAACUUUGUCAGUUUGGUACAUCUCUUGACUUGAGAAUAUGAAUAGGUACUUGGAUAUAUUAGAAAAAAUAUAUAGAUAUGUAUAGAUUAUUAUUAUUAUUGAGUUUUUGUCAUUCCUCACGGUUUUGAGCAGUCUUCGGCUAUUCUAUAUAUUGUUAUGGGAGGGUAAAUUUUUUUUCGCGAUUUCGUGGUUGGUCCCAUAGUAAAAGUUGCUCAGUAUAAUCCCAAAAACUCCCUGGCAACGGGAAUGCACAUAUUUUUUGGCCACCCUGUAUACAAUUUAUAUACAAUACUUCUUAUGUUUUUGUUCUAAAAACUAUAAUAGCCAUCUUAGUGGAACCAUAUUUUUAUUAGAAAAUGAAACAUUGUCAUUUUCCAUAUGUGCUUCAUUUUAACAUGGUUUAUUUAUAAGUACAUAAUCUUAAAACACGUUUUAUUUAUAAGUUAUAAACAUUGGCACUUAUAACUUUGUCAAUGUACAAGUAAGUAACUUAUAACUUUGUCAAACAUUUUGGGAACAUGUAUUUGUCGUACACUUUAUUUUCAGCACCGAUAUAAAUAUAAGUUUUGGCUAUAUAAGUUUUUCUUGAUUUGUGUAUGUAAUCCUUCAUUAUUCACUUAUAACUUUUAUGUUGAUUUUUGGGUAUCACUGAUGUAUAUAUAGACUGAUAUUAUAAUCUGCGAUUCUGCAUAACAAUAGUUAAUUUCAAGUUAUAAAUAUCACGUACGCGUUAUUAAAUGACUAAUUGAGUUAUACAUAAAGCCAUUAAAAGAUUAUUAAAAUCCUUUGUUAAAAGUAAGGUUGUGCCUUUGUUUUGUCUUGGCACUAGCACUACCAUAAUACGCAAAAUUCACGAAUUUUGAAGUAUAGUUUUCGACUGUCACUUUUCAUAACAAUAAUUGAUUGAAAUGUACCUACAUAUACAUCAAAUUUGUCAUUAUAACGUUAAGGUGCUUUGAGGUAAAUUCGAAAGCGGGGUAAUUUAAAUAAUUUUUAAAUAUGCGUUUACUUAUAGAAAUGGAUACGGAGGUUAAAUGACCGUGUAUGGUACUUAUGUGUUCAAAGUAAGGCAAACUAACUUAUAUUGUGUCUAACAAGUGUGGGAAUACAUAAAAGUAUUAUGUUAAUACUCCUUUAUUAGAAAUAAAUAUAUUAUUUGGACAAA